AUGAGAAUAGGUUGUCUUCAGUUCGCCCCCAAUGUUGGCGAUGUCGACAAUAAUAUUCGCCGCGCCGACCAAGUCCUGAGCCGUGCAAAACAGGAUGACCUGUACAAUCUCGACAUGAUCGUCCUGCCCGAGCUGGCUUUCUCUGGGUACAAUUUCAAGUCCUUGCAGCAUAUCAGCGACUUCCUGGAGCCGACGACUUCCGGGAUCAGUGGUCUGUGGGCGCGAACGGUCGCGCUCAAAUAUGGUUGCACCGUCGCUGUGGGCUAUCCAGAGAAGGUUGACGUUUCCACCGACUGGCCCACCUCUCCGCGGUACUAUAAUUCUCUCGUGGUCGUCAACGACGACGGAGAAACCGUGGCAAACUAUAGAAAGACCUUCCUCUACUACACCGAUGAGACGUGGGCUUUGGAAGGCAGCGGCUUCUAUGAUGAGAUUAUACCAGGGCUAGGCAGUGUUGCCAUGGGGAUUUGUAUGGACAUUAACCCCUAUAAGUUCGAGGCACCCUGGCAUGCCUUUGAAUUUGCGUUCCAUAUCUUGGAGGUCGAAGCGAGCUUGGUCAUCAUCUCGAUGGCCUGGCUGACCCGGGAGGAAGCUGAAGUCUUCAGUCGAUUUGGACAGGACCCGGAUAUGGAGACCGUUACCUAUUGGAUCCAGCGCCUUGAACCAGUGAUACGAGCCGAAACGGAGGAAGAAAUCAUCGUUGUGUUUUGCAACAGAUGCGGAGUUGAGGACGACGCUGUUUAUGCUGGCACCAGCACCGUGAUUGGUAUUCACCAUGGAGAGGUCAAGCUCUAUGGCAUUCUCGGUCGCGGUGAAGAAGAGCUCUUAGUGGUCGACACCGAUCGUCCUCCAUUUGCCAAGCUCGUCAAGCUCCCCGAAGAUGAAGCUGACAGCGUGGCAAACGACAGAGGCUCAGCACCUGAUAAUGCGGAACGGGAAGCCCAGGAGGCGACUGAUGAUGGGGAUGACAGCCGAGAUCCUUCAGCGCACUCUGAAGAUCCCCUGUAUAGGGGCAAUACCGGUGAUGCUGAGCACAGGGCAGAUGAUAACAAUAUCAUCUCAGAUGGACUGAUGACGACCAUUGAAAAAGAAGACCUCAACAUUGCCGCAACCACCAAGUCGGAGCAACAAGUCGUCAAUGCAGGAACCGACAUCCCUAAGUACCCGUCACCAGUCUGUCCGAGUCCUAGGUCAAGCAUUGCGCUACAGAACCCAGUACUUUCUCCGUCAACUCCCGGAGGCUCAAGCUCGCCACAAUCACGACGAAGAUCUCGUCUCAGCUGGUGUCUUUCCGAGCAGGAAGCUAUUGCCUCCGUGCUUCCAGUCAUGAGCGACACAAAUAUGGCAGCGGGAUGA